AUGUUUGAUAAUCUAGCGAUCUUAGUGAGGCUAGGAUGCGAUCCGUCCGAACUUGAUAGCGAUCUGAGGCUUCCCGCCCUGGGGGUGUAUGCUAGCGUCGUGAUGUCUAUUCCUCGAGAGAUCGAUCCUUUUCACCACAUAGUGAUCGAAGAUCAUAAAGUCAUCCAACAGUUGCAUAUGCGCUGUAUGCGUAGUGAAGAUCACUUUUGGCAAAUAUCUGAGCAUGAACUUUGUGAGAUCACUCUUGGCCAUGUGGAUCUAUUCAUCGCUGGCAGGAUUUCUACUGAUAAUAACGAAGAGGAGAUUGAAAAAAUCGAAAAGAAUCUGGAAUAUAUCUUCCAACUUCCUAUCUGCAAGGACCUGAUCGAGUUGGACGAAAAGGCAAAAUUUAGACCAUUGCCUCCAGAAUGCAUAAAACCGUUAUAUUUGAGAAUACUAGCUGGCGGUAAAUAUGUACGCAUGCGGGAAGGCCAGUCGCUAGCCAAGAAAGAAAAAGAGUGCAACACGCCCAAGGCUGUGUACAGAGCGAAAGUGGCUUGCAACUUUCUACUUGAACUGAUCGAGAGAGAACAAAGAGAGCAGAAACGUCGCAUGGUAGGUCUUGUAACCUUUUUCUCUUGUCACAUGCUUGUUCUGGAGAAAAUAGCUGUGCUUUGUUACUUGAUUGCUUGGUAAAU